UCCCCAACCGCCCUCCUCCCAGUGCCCGGACCAGGGUAUGUGCGUGGGACUGUGACACGUAACUUGGUCGCUUCCACUGAGCACCUCCACCUGGGGCAGGGAGAGCACAGACCCCCUGUCCCGAAACGAAACCCGUGUUAUUCGGAGUAUUUCCUAGCAUGGAAGCAAGGGACUCCACGGCAGGUGCUCUGGCGAGCAGCGAUGGGGAAGAACAGGCUGCAAAGAAGAACGCAGCUCCCAAAGAGGCCAGAACCAAGGUGGAGCAGAUCUUUGGGUUCGGGAAGGAAGACCUGAGGUCCUGGCAUAGCCUGGUGUCCCUCCUGAACCGACCCUCUGACCCGGCUUCUCUGGGCAUCUUCCGGUGCUUGUUUGGUUUGCUGAUGGCUAUUGAUAUCACACAGGAACGGGGCCUCAGUCACUUGGACUACAAGUAUCUGGAUGGGGCCCCUGUGUGCCGCUUCCCCCUCUUUAACUUCUUACAGCCGCUGCCGCUGGACUGGAUGUACGUGGUGUAUGUGGUGAUGUUCCUCGGGGCCCUGGGCAUCAUGCUUGGCUGUUUCUAUCGCCUCUCCUGCCUCAUGUUCAUCUCAACGUACUGGUACAUCUUUUUCCUGGACAAAACGGCCUGGAACAACCACUCCUACCUCUAUGGCCUCAUUGGAUUUCAGCUCACACUAAUGGAUGGCAACAGAUACUGGUCCAUUGACGGAUUGCGGAGACCUACUAUAAGAAAUGCUCACGUGCCUCUGUGGAAUUACACGUUACUGAGGACUCAGAUAUUUAUUGUAUACUUCAUCGCUGGAAUCAAAAAGCUGGAUGCUGAUUGGGUGGAGGGAUAUUCAAUGUCAUACCUGGCUCAUCACUGGCUUUUUGAUCCUUUCAAAAUCAUUCUUCCUGUGGACUUGGUGAGUGUACUGGUUGUGCACGGAGGCGGUCUCGCUUUGGAUCUGACCGCUGGCUACCUGCUGUUUUUCGACGUUACGCGACCUUAUGCGUUUUUCUUCGUCACCUACUUCCACUGUAUGAACUCUCAGCUUUUCAGCAUAGGCAUGUUUCCAUACACGAUGCUGGCCACCACUCCCAUUUUCUGCUACCCCGACUGGCCGAGAAGAUUCUUUGCCCGUUUCCCAGCAUUUCUCAGGGAAGGCCUCCCAUUCUGUGCACCCACCCCUCAGCCCAGCACCUCCUGCGUUUACCCUAAGGACGAGGCCACUAACAGUGAAGGCCAGGAGACGCUGUCUGCCCCCAAAACCUCCAAAUUGAGACUGAAGCACAAACUGGGAGCCAUUUUUACCAUUCUUUACAUAAUCGAACAGUUCUUCCUGCCUUACUCCCACUUCAUCACACAGGGUUACAACAACUGGACUAAUGGAUUGUACGGCUACUCAUGGGACAUGAUGGUUCAUUCCCGCAGUCAUCAGCACGUUAAGAUCACCUACAGAGACGGGAAAACUGGUGAAACCGGAUACUUGAACCCCGGGGUGUUCACGCAAAGCCGCCGCUGGAAAGACCACGGAGACAUGCUGAAGCAGUACGCAACGUGCCUCAACCAGCUGCUGCCCCGCUAUAACAUCACAGACCCUGAAAUUUACUUUGACAUCUGGGUGUCCAUCAAUGAGCGUUUCCAGCAGAGGAUCUUCGACCCUCGUGUGGACGUCGUGAGGGCUGAGUGGUCACCCUUCCAGCCAAACAAGUGGCUCAUGCCUCUCCUCAUAGACCUCUCGCCUUGGAGGCUCAAGUUCCAGGAGAUCGAGGGCAGCUUGGACAAUCAGACUGAGAUCGUCUUUAUCGCUGAUUUCCCAGGUCUUCACUUAGAAAACUUUGUGAGCGAGGAUUUGGGCAACACCAGCAUCCAAGUGUUGCAGGGCAAUGUGAUUGUGGAAAUAGUGGAGGAGAAGAAGAAUUUCACUUUGGAUCCUGGUGAGCAGAUAAAGGUCCCGGCUGGAGCUUACCAUAAAGUGUACACGGUGUCCGAAGGACCUUCCUGCUACAUGUACGUCUACGUCAACACCACAGAAGCAGCGCUACAGCAGAACUUCACCAAGCUGUCGGAGAUCCAGGAGCGCAUUCGCAAUGGCACCGAGACCGGGCCCCUUCCUCCAGAGCUGCAGCCCCUCGCCGCUCCCGAAGGUGACCAAGGGUCAGAGGUCAACGCCACCGACCCCAUCGUGAAGCUCUUCCUGAAGAGGCAGCGCCGCUUGAGGCAGGUGAAGAAACGGCGGGAGGCUGGCGUUCUGGAGCGGUUCGAGCACUUCACUGUGAAAAAGUACUACUCCAUACGGAGGGGAUUCUUGAUGACAGCUAUUGCUUUGAGGAACCUGGCUGUGGGUCUGCCUCCGCUCGAGCAGCUGACGAGAGAAGUCGCCUACGCCAACUUGAAAGAGCCUCCGACAGAAGCCAACCACGACGAGCGGCUGAAAGAUGAAGACGUUCACACAGAACUUUAAAGCCACAGCUGGGACCAUAGAUGCCGUGUUGAGUUUGGGUGCUGGAUCGCACACUCCCAGCAGGUGUGUGUCACUAAGGCUGGACAUCAAGGAUUUUCUAUUUCUGUGUUACAGAAAUGUUGGCAUUUCAGGUUUUUUCUAUUUAUCAUAGCAUCUGUUUGGGAUUUAGAUUUUUUUGUUAUAGCUACAGAAAAACCAAAACACCGAACAGUAACAGAUGCGCUUUGCUGUGUAAGAUUAUCACAUGAUAAAAGCAAUGAAUAAAUGACUUCUGGAGGUCAGUAUGGUUCAGUCUGUAUGUGAUCAGCCUUUAUUGAUGCUUCUGACUGAGGUAGAAAUGUGACUGAAAUUGGAGAAGUGUAUGGAAUGAUGGUGAUUAACUAAUCAUUCAUCUGUGUUCUUUCUUUUUUUUGCCCAGCUGUAAUUUCAAACAUUUCCAAGCUUCUCCGUACUGUUUUAUCUCCUUCUCCGCCUGUUUAUGCUACAAUCCUGUAAUGUGACAAAAACUGUUUCUAUUCACUUUUCUAAUAAAGAGCUUCUAAUGUCA